CUCUCUGGGUUUGUCCGGACACAAACUCAAGCCCAUUUUUAGUUUGUAGAAACUAUAACCUAGAGUUUUUCUGGAGCUGUGAAGGAAACUCCUCCUCUAACCUAGCUUGCAUUCUUUCCUGGACCGUUUUCUCCCAAACGAGGGAGUUUGUGGAGAGAGUGAAUGUGUGGAGAAGAGGGGAGGAGACCAGCUGAAGACACAGAGAACAACACAGAACUCCAGACCAAAGUUUCCAGAAGAUCUGUUGGUACGAGUACACAAGGAUCCACAAAAAUGGCGUUCCUUUUGAUGUUUGUGACUGUUCUGCAUUUGGUCACCCUGGCCAUGCUGUUCAUUGCCACCAUGGAGAAGUCCUGGUGGUCUUGGGGAGACAUAGAGAACACAGAUCUCUGGUAUAAGUGCAUCUAUGAAAACGCCACAGAAACCUGGUUAUGUGCUUCUGCCAGCGAGAGCGAAUGGCUGCAGUCAGUCCAGGCCCUCAUGAUCUUAUCUGUGGUGCUCUCUUCCAUCUCCUUCAUGGUGUUCCUCGGACAGCUCUUCACUAUGUCCAAAGGAGGACUUUACUAUUUCACUGGCCUGUGUCAAAUAUUUGCAGGUGCUGCAGCGUGUGUGGCUGUUCUUAUCUACACCUUCCAAAGGAGAGAAAUUCUUCAAGAUGCUCGUGAACUGGAAAUGGGUCAUUUCGGCUACUGUUACAUUCUAGCGUGGGUGUGCGUGCCCCUUUUACUCGUCAGCGGAGCACUUUAUGUGCAUCUGCGCAAACGGGCCUGACUUUCUGCUUAACACCUGUACUUUAGUAGUUUAGUCUGCUAUGAGAUUAUACAGUAUAUGCUUAUGGCUGUUUUUAGGCAAGCCAGUUUAUGAUAUGGCUUAUUGUUAUUUAUUAUUAUCAUAACAGUUUUUUGGGACCCAACUCCCAGCACCUGCUUUGCUGCUUUUGUGGAGUUGCAACAAAACUUGCUGUAUUUUCUCAUAGUGGGGAAACUGUUGUUCUAAGUUUGAUGCUAACAGUCAGGUGGGAUUUUGAUGCAAAAUGCUUGUUAAAAGAAAAAAUGAAAAUUUGCUGAAAAUGUACUCGCCUCUAGGAUAUCCAAGGCAUACCUGAAUUCAUCAGAACAGAUUUGGAGAAAUGUAGCAUUGCAUCACUGGCUCACUUGAAUGGGUGCCGUCAGAAUGAAAGUCCAAACAGCUGAUAAAAACAUCACAGUAAUCCACUCCACUCCAGUCCAUAUUUUAAUGUCUUGUGAACCAAAAAGUUGUGAAACAAAUCCAUCAUAAGACAUUUUAUAAUCUGUUGCUUAUGGCUAAAAUAUGAGUCCUCUAUCCAUAAAGUUGCACAGAUCAUGCACCGUUUACAAGCCAAAACAGCUCUUAACAAAUAUGUGGGUGGAUUUUGAUAUGAGAGGACAUCAGGGGAUGGACUAUUUCUCUGGAAGGAGUGUUAUUAUGGGAGGAUAUUUUGUCCAGAAGUGAUGUUUUUGAAAGUAAAAACCACACGAACGUCAUAAGUGGACCUCAGGCAACAGCAUUAAAUAAUCAAAAAGCCAGUUUAUGACCCCUUUAAAAUUAAAACACCCCAAAGAUGGAUUUGUUUCUUGUAGACAAGCAACCUUUCGCCAUUAUCAGCUGUUUGGACUCUCAUUCUGACGGCACCCAUUCACUGCAGAGGAUCCAUUGUUGAGCAAGUGAUUAAAUGCUACAUUUCCCCAAAUCUGUUGAGAUGAAGAAAACUAAUUUUCAGCAAAUUUUCAUUUUUGGGUGAACUGUUACUUUAUGCUUAAAAAAAUGGAGUGUAAAAGAAACUCCCAAAACUGGAAACUUUAAACCUGUCCUUUUUUCCAAUAUCAAAAACGUGCACGUGUCAUUCUAUUAUUUUUUUUUUAUGUAUGCAAACACUAUAAAUAAAAUGUUAUAAAAAGAUGCAAACCAUAGUUAUGAUAUUUUAGUUUAGAGUAAAAGUCUCUGAGAAAAAUAUUUCAGUGCAACAAUGAAUAAAUAGAAAAACAUGGUUGCAGCUCAAGUAGGAUAAACAAGUGUCCACUAGGAGCAGAGUCAAGAUGCCUUUUAAGUGGUUUACAUAGUAAUGAGAUUGAAUCAGUAAAAAUAGUUGUUACUUGCUAACAAUCUGAACAGCUAAUUUAAAAUACUUAUAUAUUUAAUUCAAACAACUCUAAUCAAUUUGUAUCAUUGACAUUGUGGUUGACUUAUUAGCAUGACAACAUCCCAUUGUACCAUACAUUCUCUGCUUUUAAAAGCACUGUUGAUUCUGUCUAGGCACACAAUAAACAUCGGCAUGACAGAUAUACUGGGUGAUUAAAGAAUGUGUGCAUUAAACAGUUGCAUGAA